AUGGAUUUCAUGGCAGUUGAUUUAGCAGGAGCUACUGGUGGCCUAUUAUGCAUCUGGAACCCAGAAGUAUUUCAACUGGUUGAUUGCUGCAGCAACAAGAACUUCAUAAUUUUAUCAGGCACUAUCUAUAAUAGUUUUGAGUGUGUGAUUUUAAAUAUUUAUGGUCCAAAUGAUAUGGGGGGAAGAAAGGUGGUGUGGGAUAGCUUGGCUCGAUUAAAUCUGAGAGAUUGGGCCCCAACUCCUUUUCGAUUUCUAAAUGCUUGGACCCUACAUCCUAAAUUCAGAUCUUUUGUGGAAAAUACGUGGUUAGAAGCUAAUGUGGUGGGUUGGGCUGGUUUCAAAUGUCUUCAGAAGCUCAAAAUACUAAAACUGGCAUUGAAGCAGUGGGCUAAAGAAGUCUUUGGUGAUGUGGAGCAUAAACUUAAUCAAGUUGAAGAGGAGAUUCAUGCACUAGAUAUAAGGGCUGAAGAAAGACCAUUAUCUAUGGUAAAGCAAGCUAGAAGAAGAGAGCCUAAAGGCGUGGCUUGGAAACUAAGUAAAAUGGUGGAAUGGGCAUGGAUACAAAAAUCCAGAAUCAAGUGGUCAACACAAGGGGAUAGGAACACAAAAUUUUUCCACAUUAUGGACAGCUCUAGGAGAGUCAGAAAUUCUCUGUGCUCAAUAGCAGUCAAUGGAACUGUUAAGGAGGAUCGUGUGGAGGUGAGGGCUGCAGUUCAACAGCAUUUUAUUAACCAAUUUACUGAACCAUGGCGUAAUAGACCAAGGCUAUCUGGGCCUUUCGUAUCCAUUGAGGAUAGAGAAGCUGUUGAGCUCUUGGAAGCUGAGUUUUCAGAAAAUAAGAUUGUAGCUGCAGUUAAUAGUUGUGAAGGAAACAAAGCACCUGGACCUGAUAGGUUUAAUCUUAUGAUGUUUAAAAAGUGUUGA